AUGCGUUUUUUGUUCCUCUUGGCCAUUUUCGUGGUGUGCUCGUGCGCCCGUGGGGGAUGCGAACCCAAGAUAGUGAACAUCGGGGCAGUUCUGAGUCAGAAACGCUACGAGCAGGUCUUCAAAGAAGCCGUGAGCCUGGCCAACGGCAUCUAUGGCAGGGACAAGUUUAAAAUGAACGCUAUCUCCGUCACGCACAAACCCAACGCCAUCCAGAUGGCCCUGUCCGUCUGUGAAGACCUGAUAUCCAACCAGGUCUAUGCCAUCCUGGUGAGCCAUCCGCCCCAGUCCAACGACCACCUGACGCCCACGCCCGUGUCCUACACCGCCGGCUUCUACCGCAUCCCCGUGGUGGGCCUCACCACCCGCAUGUCCAUCUACUCUGACAAGAGUAUCCACCUGUCCUUCCUCCGGACCGUGCCGCCCUACUCCCACCAGGCCCAGGUGUGGUUCGACCUGAUGAGAGAGUUCCGGUGGAACCAUAUCAUCCUCAUCGUGAGUGAUGACCACGAGGGCCGAGCGGCACAGAAGAGACUGGAGACACUGCUGGAGGAAAGAGAGACCAAGACUAAAAACAGGAACUUUGAAAACCUCGACCAACAGUCCUUUGACUUCAGGAGAGGACCUAAGGCGGAGAAGGUUCUGCUGUUCAGCCAGGACACCAACCUCACUGCCCUGCUGAUGGAGGCCAAGGACCUGGAGGCGCGCGUCAUCAUCCUGUCUGCCAGUGAGGACGAAGCUGCGGCGGUGUAUAAAUCAGCCCGGCAGCUCAACAUGACGGGGUCCGGCUACGUCUGGCUGGUGGGGGAGAGAGAGAUGAGCGGCAAAGCCCUGAACGAGGCCCCCGAUGGUCUUCUGGGUCUCCAGCUCAUUAACGGUAAGAACGAGUCUGCCCACAUCAUGGACGCCGUGUCAGUGGUGGCCCAGUCGCUGCAGGAGCUCUUUGAGAAGGAGAACAUCACAGAGCCGCCGCGGGGUUGUGUUGGUAACACCAACAUCUGGAGAACCGGCCCGCUCUUUAAACGGGUGCUUAUGUCAGCAAAGUACCCUGACGGUCUGACAGGAAGGAUCGAGUUCAACGAUGAUGGAGACAGGCGUUUUGCUACCUACAGCAUCAUCAACCAGCAGAAACCUGGGCGCCUGGUUCAAGUUGGAGUGUUCAACGGCUCACAGGUUAUAAUGAACGCUCAGAGGAAGAUCAUCUGGCCAGGAGGAGAGACAGAGAAGCCCAGAGGAUACCAGAUGUCAACUAGACUCAAGAUUGUGACUAUACACCAGGAGCCAUUUGUUUACGUCAAACCCACCAAGAAUGAUGGGACGUGCCGAGAAGAGUACACAUUAAAUGGAGUCCUCAUCAAAAAGGUCAUAUGUACCGGACCCAAUGGAACCAUUCCAGGACAGCCCAUUGUGCCUCAGUGCUGCUAUGGUUUCUGCAUCGACCUGCUGAUUAAACUUGCCAUGAACAUGAACUUCACCUACGAGGUUCACCUGGUGGCGGAUGGCAAGUUUGGCACGCAGGAGCGAGUAAAUAACAGUAAUAAGAAGGAGUGGAAUGGCAUGAUGGGAGAGUUGUUGAGCGGUCUUGCCGACAUGAUCGUAGCGCCUCUCACCAUCAACAACGAGCGUGCUCAGUACAUUGAGUUCUCCAAGCCCUUCAAGUACCAGGGCCUCACCAUCCUGGUGAAGAAGGAAAUCCCGCGUAGUACGCUGGAUUCCUUUAUGCAGCCGUUUCAAAGCACGCUGUGGUUAUUGGUUGGCCUGUCGGUCCAUGUGGUGGCAGUGAUGCUCUACCUACUAGACCGAUUCAGCCCUUUUGGAAGGUUUAAAGUGAAUAGUGAAGAAGAGGAGGAAGAUGCCCUGACCCUGUCCUCGGCCAUGUGGUUCUCUUGGGGAGUCCUGUUGAAUUCUGGGAUAGGAGAAGGAGCUCCCCGGAGUUUCUCAGCGAGGAUUUUGGGUAUGGUGUGGGCAGGCUUCGCCAUGAUAAUCGUGGCUUCCUAUACUGCCAACCUGGCAGCCUUCCUGGUGCUGGACCGGCCUGAGGAGCGCAUCACCGGCAUCAAUGACCCCAGGCUGCGUAACCCAUCAGAUAAGUUCAUCUACGCCACAGUGAAGCAGAGUUCGGUGGACAUUUACUUCCGGAGGCAGGUGGAGCUGAGUACCAUGUACCGGCACAUGGAGAAACACAACUACGAGAGUGCUGCAGAAGCCAUCCAGGCUGUCCGUGACACUAAGCUCCAUGCCUUCAUCUGGGACAGCGCUGUGUUGGAGUUUGAAGCGUCUCAGAAGUGUGACCUGGUGACCACCGGGGAGCUUUUCUUUCGUUCCGGAUUUGGGAUCGGGAUGAGGAAAGACAGUCCCUGGAAGCAGAACGUGUCCUUGGCCAUUCUCAGCUCUCAUGAGAAUGGCUUCAUGGAGGACCUGGACAAGACGUGGGUUCGAUACCAGGAGUGUGACUCCCGGAGCAACGCCCCCGCCACCCUCACCUUCGAGAACAUGGCCGGGGUGUUCAUGCUGGUCGCCGGGGGGAUCGUGGCUGGGAUAUUCCUCAUCUUUAUCGAGAUCGCCUACAAACGACACAAAGACGCCCGCAGGAAACAGAUGCAGCUCGCCUUCGCAGCUGUCAACGUCUGGCGGAAGAACCUACAGCCGUACCCGACUGACAUCACUGGCCAGCUCAACCUCUCGGAUCCGUCCGUCAGCACCGUGGUCUGAGACACACCCACGGCAUUCAAUAUCCCAGCCAGAAUA